AUCAGCAAUCAUAUUAGCUGUUCAGUUUGAUUUGAUCCAUUAAAGCUUAGCGGGUGCCACCAAAACCCCUUAGCCAUGGACGGUGGAUUCAGCAACGCCAACCCAUUUGUCAGUGAUCAAGAAGAUCUCGAAACUUCGCCGGAAAAUAGUGGAGGAGGAUCUCCACCUUCUGCCAUAUUCACCGACAGCAAGAUGGCUUCUACCUCCUCCCCUAAGAGAAGUAGUAGACGAGGUGUACAGAAAAGAGUGGUGUCAGUGCCGAUCAGAGACGUUGAAGGAUCAAGGUAUAAAGGCGAGACGAGUGCUCCACCGUCCGAUUCUUGGGCUUGGAGGAAGUAUGGACAGAAGCCCAUCAAAGGCUCUCCUUACCCUAGGGGUUAUUAUAGAUGCAGUAGCUCAAAGGGUUGUCCAGCAAGAAAACAAGUAGAGAGGAGUCGUUUGGAUCCCACCAUGUUUGUGGUGACAUACUCUUGUGAGCACAACCACCCCUGGCCGACUCUGAGAAACAACAACCACCACCACCAAAAUCAACCCAUGACCGCCUCCACCGCGAUUGAGGUUGCUACAAUUAUAAAUCAUGCACUUCCAAAUUCUAAAGAUGAUCCUAUGGUUUUAGGGAGCCAAUCCGAGCCUAACCCUGAUGAAAAAUUUGCUAAUCUUGACAAGGAAUCCCUAAUGACCGAGGCUGAGUUUGGAUGGUUCUCUGAUUUGCUAUCACCAACUUCAACCAUGCUUGAUAGUCCAAUUUUGUCCGAAGAUAAAACUGCUUAUACGGACAUGACAAUGAUUUUUUCGAUGAGAGAAGAAGAUGAGUCAUUGUUCGCGGAUCUUGGCGAAUUGCCCGAGUGCUCGAUGGUGUUCCGAGGAGUGAUGGAGAGGGAGGAGGAACGCCGGCGGUGCAGCUUAACACCGUGUUGUGGGACCACAUGA